GGCGAAGAGAACAUACUAAUACACCAAUGUGGUAAUUCGGCCAGAAACACUGUUAUCUACCGGAAUGAAUAUAGCCCACAGGUUAGUUUUCCAGUUUGAAGCGGUUCAACACUGCCCCCAUAAACAAAAUUGAAAGAAAAUCUUCCUAGUUCCUUGUGGAGAACAGCUCAAUAGAAGAAGAAAAUCAUGGCAUUUUAAGAAUCCCCAAUCUGGGGAAUUGUGCACCAUAUACGAGAGUAGAUAUGACAAACAAGAGCGCAACUAUUCAAACCAUUUACGACCUCUGCAAGAAGACCUUUUCGCCCACAAUUACACCUCCACCAUCUUCUCCAGUCGUCCACAAACUUUGUUCUCUUUUGGACACAGUGAAUCCUGCUGAUGUUGGUCUGAGAGAAGAAAACGUGGAUGAUGACCGAGGAUAUGGCCUUUCUUUGCUGAACCCAUUCAACCGAGCACCUAGAUGGGCCCAACCUAUAACGUAUUUGGAUAUUCAUGAGUCUGACAGUUUUACAAUGUGCAUAUUUUGCUUCCCAACAUCUGCAGUCAUUCCUCUGCAUGAUCAUCCUGAAAUGACAGUCUUCAGCAAACUUCUGUAUGGAUCCUUGCAUGUGAAGGCCUAUGAUUGGAUUGAACCUCCACAAAUUGCAAAGAGCAAUGCACCUGAGUAUUCUCAAGCUAGGUUAGCGAAGUUGGUUUCUGACAAAGUCCUAACAGCACCUUGUGGAACCAGAGUUCUAUACCCCACAAGUGGGGGAAAUGUACAUUGCUUCACAGCAGUGACCCCCUGUGCUGUGCUUGAUAUUCUCACACCACCUUACUUGGAGGAUGCAGGCAGGAGAUGCACCUAUUAUCACGACUAUCCAUAUUCAAGCUUUCCUGGACAAGGAGUUAUAAGUGAUGGAAAAGAGGAGGAUUAUGCAUGGCUUGCCGAGAUAGAAGCACCUAAUGUCUAUAUGCGUCCUGGAAACUAUGCUGGCCCCUCUCUUCAGGAGUAACAGUGAGUUAAUCACUAAUCAGCCGGUUUUCUUUGAUACUGUCGAAUCCAGUCUUGAAGUUGAAUAGCUGCUCGUGGAAUGAUCUUUGCUUGCUGUGAGAGAGUUUGGUGUAACAUUAUGGGUGAAUUCUUCCACUCCAGGGCAUCGUGAUCAAAACGUCAAAAAGUGGGCAAAGUAGAAAAAACGUGCAAAAUAUAACACGCGUCUUUGAAUUCUCACAGUUGUAAGCUGGUAAGUUCUUCCCGAGACAUAUUUCGCAGUUGUGUAAAUUUUUAGCAUCCGACAUAGGUCAUAGGUGUUAAUAGAUGAGGAUGCUUAGUAAGUUGUGAGGUUUUCAUUGUCCUAAUCUCGUUUCGCAGAAGUGCAAUAUUGUUUAGCUUAGGGAUGAUAGUGAGAGGGGUCUGAGUUUUGAGUCUGGCGACGCUCAACUUGAGCUUACCAACCUUUGAACACAAGCUCUUGAUCGUCAUUUUUUUUUUCUUGUUUAGUCUUGUAAUCUGGUUUUUUCUGAUUAAAAUUGUAUUUUAUUAAUUGAAACUCAUAUUAACCGAUUCUUUUUUAUCUUUUA